AUGUUAACUCCAAGAUUUAAAUUGUCUCAAGACGAGAAUCACUUAUUUAUAAAUGUGCAUGCGCCAUACACAAAUAUUGGCGAAACAGAGAUCGAUGUCGAUGGAGAAAACUUUUUGUUCGUAUCAAGUCCUUAUUUUCUUCGCCUACGUUUACCGGGAAGAAUAGUCGAAAAUGAUCACUCGAAAGGUUCUUAUACUUGUGAUUCUGGGGAUUUUAAUCUCGUCUUCGAUAAAGAAAAUCCCGGUGAGCACUUUGAAAAUCUCGAUAUGAUAACUAGCCUCCUAGCUCCUCGUGAUAUACCAGAUAUAAAUCCACAUUUGGUGGAAAUGUUAGAAGAGGAUGGAAUUAACACUAAUUGCAGUGAUAAAGAAAACGAAAGUGAUGAUGAUAAUGUUAAAUAUAAUUAUGGUUUCGCAAGCAAAAUAUCUGCAGAAUUUAGCGAUAUUGGCAGCGAAUUUCCACAAGUUUUUGAAUUAAGAAUGCCUGAACGAGUUGCCGUUCAUGAACGAAAUAUCCUUCGCGUUCAGCACGAAAAUGAUAAAUUUUCAUCUGAUCACUACUUGGCGGAUUUGUUUGAUGAUGAACUUCUUGAACCUUAUAUUACUGGUACAGUUUAUUGGAACAGACCUGAUUUCAAUAAUGACAUUGAGUUUGUUGAUGAGGAAGUUGGAAUAUUAAAAGAGCUUCCGAAUAAACAUUAUCUCUUAAGCAAAAAUGAGUAUAAGCAAGUAUUACUUGGUCUUGUGGAUAUUUUAUAUGCAUAUUGCUAUGACAAGAGAACAACUUUAAAUGAAAGCACUGUGGAGUCUAGUUGGACUAUAAACAAAUUAUCCUCAACUUUGAGCUGGUUUUGUGUAUUUAAAGACAUUAAGCAAGUGUUAAUUGCUUGUUAUAGGCGAGCUCUUAUUUAUCCUAUAUUUAGAAACUUUGAACUCUGUAGAAAAGUUAAAGAAGACCUUGUAUUAAUGUUUAGAAAAGGCAAAAAGUUUAUCAUAAAAUGUUUAAUUAAUAUCUAUUCAAUGUUUAAUUCAAGUAAUGAUGCUCGAUAUAUUCUUAAUCAGCUGUAUAUCAAAGAUUACUUGAUUUUCCUGCAAAAAUGUAGAUCUGAAGAGUUGAAUGAAUUGUGUAAUAAUAUAGCCAAUAUUGAUAUACUGAAAAAGGAUGUUGAUUUAGAAUUGGAAGAAUUAGAAGCUGCUGCUGAGAUGGUGAAAAAGGAAGAGACAGAAAUAAUGGAGAAUGAAAUGGCUGUCAAAAUGGCAUCUAUGUCAUUGUUGCCAGGGUUGAAAAAGAAUAAUGUGUAUAUAGAAAGUAGUGAAGAUGAUAGCGAUUCCUCAGAUUCCAGCUAUGAUUCAUCAGAUGAUUCUUCAGAAGAGCUAGAUUCCGAUGAUGAUCCAUCAUGA